CCAGCACAGCAAAAGAGCUUGCAACUGCAAGCUUGUCUCCACCACCCAUGUCGCUCCCUCGCUCAGACUAUGACCCUCGUAGGGUGUGUUUAAACCCAUUUCCAGAUCUCAACUUGAACUUCGGAAAGCAUCGCCGGACUAUUGGCAUUUACCUCGCAGGCGCUUUGUUCGCACUUGCAAACUGGACUUUCCUUGAUGCCGCCAUCUUGUCUGCACACGCUCACGCGCCUUAUGGAGACCCCCAAAUCCCGCCUCCUGUGCAUGUACAGUUCGUUGAUUGGGUGCCGGGCAUCUGCUCGCUCCUUGGCAUGCUCAUCAUCAAUUUGAUCGACAAGGAUAGGAUUAGAGGAGAUGAUUAUGGAGACUCUACGGCUGUGUGGAGGGCACGCCUUUUCCUGUUUAUCGGAUUUGCUUUCAUGGCUGGCGGACUGGCGGGGAGCGUGGUGAGCCUCGAUGUUUUUUCGAACGCCGCCAAAUAUUCAAUGUUCCAUCUAGUCUCUUCUCGUGCUGAAAUACGUCAUGAUGGACUACCCCGAACAGUUCACAUACUACGGCUAUGCCAACGUAUCGCAGAACGUGGCUUGAUGCUGUCUUCAGUUGUGCUUUGGAUUGCACAAAGUGCGCAGACCGAAUACGAUUAUAGCCUUACGCUUUAGUCACAGAUGCAGUGUUAAUGUUUCUUGAAUUUUUCAGUGUAGCUGUGAAUAUGUAUCUUUCUUUUGCGACUUU